AUGGCAGCUCGUUGUUGCUUCAAUUCAGCUCCUCAAGGAAUGGAACCAAUUGACGAAGAAGUUGAAUUUGAUAUUGGUUUUGAGGUUAAUAGCAGUGAGACCGAUGCUGCUGAUGAUGUUGAUGUUUCAAUCAAUGGUAAAACUGACACAACUGGCACACAAGAAGGUGAUGAAGCAUCUCCUGCAAACAAAGGGGUGUGA